AUGACUAAGGGAUUGACUCUUGCCCGUGCAUUUUAUCUUACUGGCCAUCGUGUCAUCGGAGCAGAUUUUGAGAGCACCGGCAUCCCAUGCUCUGGAAGAUUUUCACACAGCAUUUCUGUGUUCCGAACUUUGCAAAAACAGAACGCAGCCAACACUAAAGCGGAAUACACACACCAGGUUCUGAGGAUAAUUAAGGAUGAGGGCAUAGAUCUUUGGGUUUCCUGCUCAGGAGUAGCCACCUCGCUAGAUGACGCUAGAGCAAAGGAACUUAUCGAAGAAUCUACUCCGUGCAAAUGUGUUCAGUUUGGAGUACGGGAGACGGCGUUAUUGCACCAGAAGGACUCUUUCAUGCGAGAAGCAGACCAGCUCGGCCUUGCAGUUCCUCAGACCUAUAGCGUGUCUUCAACCGAGGAUGUACUUCAGGUUCUGUCAAAUAAUCGGAACACUUACCCGGAGCGGAAGUUCAUUCUCAAGACUGUCGACGUGGACGACGUUCACCGAGGAGAUAUGAGUCUGCUCCCUUUUCGGUCCGACUUCGAAACACAAGAGCACGUGGUUCAUCUUCCAAUAUCGCCAUCUAAACCUUGGAUCCUCCAAGAGUAUAUUCCAGGAGGCGAAGAGUACUGCUCUCACUCACUGGUCGUCCGAGGAGAGGUCAAGUGUUUCGUGGCAUGCCCCAGCGCUGAGCUGCUGAUGCACUACCGUGCCCUGCCACGAACCUCUCCACUCUCGAGAGCGAUGCUUGCUUUCACGCGCGAGUUCGUCUUACGCUCGGCCCACCCUGAAUUGCUCACCGGCCACCUGAGUUUUGAUUUCAUGGUCAAGGAUACCUCAAUUAGUGAGAAAGGCCUUGCAAGGUCAAUAUACGCAAUAGAAUGUAAUCCACGGGCGCAUACGGCUGUGGUACUAUUUGCUCAGAAAGGCCAUGAAAUGGAAGAAAUGGUUGAAGCUUACAUCUCCACACUCGAAAAAGCACCUGCAGACCCCCAAGUGGUGUUCCAACAGGACGGAUUAAGCGAAGAUUCGAUCAUAACACCAUCCAGUCCCCUGCCGCGCUAUUGGAUUGGCCAUGAUCUUGUUAGUCUGGUAUUCCAUCCCGCUAUUCACUGGGUGAUGGGGAAAUUGAAGGCCUCCGACUUUCUAGAGUCAUGCGAAGUAUUUGUCGUUCACGUUGUUUCGUGGAAGGAAGCCAUUUUUGAGACUUGGGAUCCCGUUCCAGUCUUCGCUCUCUACCAUAUCUAUUGGACCCUAACAAUCUUCUCGGCAUGGCUAUGGGGUCAACGGUGGAGCAGGCUCAACGUCAGUACGACAAAAGUGUUCGCAAGUUAA